AUGGAACAAGGUUUCCUCCGUUACGAAGAGGACGGCAAACUGCUGGAAGAUGCAACGAAGUUCAGAAGUGCGGUGGGUGCUCUAAUGUAUAUCGCUGUAUGUGCCCGGCCCGAGAUUAUGACGAGUGCUGCCAUUCUUGGCCGCAAGUUUAGUGCUCCUUCUGAGACUGACUAUAUCGCAGAAAAGUGCGUUAUUCGCUACCUGAUAGGAACGCGUGAUUGGAGACUGAAUCUUGGUGGUGAGAAUAGUGGUCUUAUAGCCUACUCGGACAGCGAUUGGGCAGGAGAUACGCGAACCAGGAAGUCCACUACAGGUUUCGUAGUAUUCUACUCAGGAGGAGCCCUCUCGUGGGCCAGUCGCCGACAGGACUGCGUUACUCUAUCGACGCUAGAAGCAGAAUACGUCGCCUUAACGGAAACAUGCCAGGAGGUGAUCUGGUAG